CUGCUGCAGAUGAUUACCAGGGCUGUGGAAACACUGGUUGCUGGGUGGAGUUUCCUGCUCAGGCUACAAAAGCUUUGAGAGCCCUCUGCUCCUUUGCUCGGGACUGUGCAGCCCUGCAAGGCAGUGCUCUUGAGGAGGAAGAAACUCUGUCAACAUGGCUAUGGUAUCAGAAUUUCUGAAGCAGGCAUGGUUCAUUGACAACCAGGAGCAGGAAUGUAUUAAGAGCGCCAAAGGUAUCCGUGGAGUACAGUCAUACCCAAAUUUUGAUCCAUCAGCUGAUGUUGUUGCUUUGGACAGAGCUAUUACUGUAAAAGGUGUGGAUGAAGCCACCAUCAUUGACAUCUUGACUAAGAGAACAAAUGCUCAGCGACAGCAGAUCAAAGCUGCCUAUCAGCAGGCUAAAGGAAAGAGUCUUGAAGAUGCUUUGAAAAAAGCUCUGAAAGGCCAUCUAGAAGAUGUUGCUGUGGCUUUGCUGAAAACUCCAGCUCAAUUUGAUGCUGAAGAAUUAAGAGCCUCUAUGAAGGGGCUUGGAACUGAUGAAGAUACCUUAAUUGAGAUUCUGGCCUCAAGAACCAACCAAGAGAUCAGAGAAGCCAGCAGAUACUACAAGGAAGGUAACUCAGAGCAAGAAAGAAGUAUUAGGAAGCAAGAAGGAAGUUACACCAUUGCAUAACCCUAUAGGCAUAAUGUCAUGUUAAUUGCUGACCGAAGUGAAAACCCUCACGUGAACGAUGAACUUGCUGACAAUGAUGCCAGGGCAGAGGACAGAGUAGGGCAGAGGCAGUGCAGGGAGAACACUGUUUUUUCCCAUUGUUUAGUCUUCCAGAAGUACACCAAAUACAGCAAGCACGACAUGAACAAGGUGCUGGAUUUGGAGCUGAAAGGGGAUAUUGAGAAUUGCCUCACUGCCCUUGUCAAGUGUGCCACAAGCAAACCAGCUUUCUUUGCAGAAAAACUCCAUUUGGCAAUGAAGGGUUCUGGGACCCGGCACAAAGACCUGAUCAGGAUCAUGGUUUCGCGCCAUGAGGUGGACAUGAACGAGAUCAAGGGCUAUUACAAGAGCCUCUAUGGCAUCUCCCUCCGCCAAGCCAUCAUGGAUGAACUCAAAGGGGAUUAUGAAACCAUCCUGGUGGCUUUAUGUGGAAGUGAUAACUAAGCUUCAUGGUCCUGAAAUGCACCCAAGCCCAGCUGCUUUAAACUUAUAGGAUGAACUCAAAGGGGAUAAUUAAACCAUCCUGGUAGCUUUAUGUGGAAGUGAUAACUAAGCUUCACGGUCCUGAAACGCACCCAAGCCCAGUUGCUGAAAAUCUUUAUAUUUGCAUGUCUAUGUAAAACACAAGCUUUACACACAGAGGUUUCUGUGGAAUGGCACUUAGUGCAUACAUAUUAUGUUGAAAACCUGUAGUCCAGAAUGUUUUGUUUUCAAUAUCCUUGCUCUGAACAGCAUCAUUAUUUCUGGUUGUUGCUAUUUAUCCUAAGUGAAAAGUUGCCCCCAAGUUUCUAUUCAUGUGAUUAAUUAUGAAAAUGGUAAAGUUUUCAUUCUGUGCUAAGCAAAUAAACUUUUAAAAAUAGAAUUCA